UCGAGAUACAAAUAAAAAUGGUGGUUCAAUUCCUAAAACAUUUUGUAUAUUGAAUUAUAUUACUAUUACACAUAGAAAUUUAUAAGAAGUUAACUAAGGUAUUUAAUAUAAUCCCAUUGUUAAUGUGCAUCUGGUGCGAGUACGUGGUGCUUAAGCGAGACUUGUGUAUGACAAAUAACAGGUUGUUGAAGACACCGAAUUCGUUGUGAUUUUUUAAUAUAUACAGUGUAAUUUCCAAAUAACGACGAAAAAAGCAUUGAACAUAUACGAAAACAGUGUGUACAGUGCAAACUCACCUUUUUAAUGUAGUAUCCUGAUUAAAUUGAGGCAAGAAGAGCUGGCCGACUUCAUUUCAAUCAGCAUGUGACCCACAUCUGAGAUUUCUCUUCCUUGUAUAAGGUUGCUUUACUAAUAUUAUCACUUGCAAACCUGAACUCCGCCGCUGCUGAACACAAUAAAGGCAGGCCAUCAACGAGCAAUACCUUUAUGGACAGAUAUGUCAUUUUAUGAACUUGUCACGGUUGACUACCACCUGUGCACCUCAAGGGGGGUCUAAGAUAAAACAAGAUUUUAACAAAUCUUGUUAAAAUCGACUGCGAUACUCUCGUUUUGGCUAGAAAUCCUCAGUGGAUACCUGACAACCUGGAAAACUGGUGUUUCUGAAUAUUUUAAAAUAAAUGUAAAAUUGCAUAAAUCAUUUUCAAGAGACACUACAGUAAAGUGUUGUAGUGCAUCAAAAUGAGAUUAAGGCAUCGUUACAUCGUAUAAAGUCACAGAAGUGUCAAACAAUGAAGUAGGAAUGGCUCAUGCAGAAAAUCACAGAUAUAUUGUGCAGGUCUUUGUGGGAGCACUCUCUGCACAAUAUGAGGCACUAUCAGUAGAAGCCUCUAAGCAGACAAGCUCCGAAGAGAUAGUUUGUUGCAUUGCUGACAAACUCAACUUGAACGAUGGAUCUGGAGGACCAUAUGAGCUGGCAGAGGUGGUUGGAGACAUGGUCAGUGGGGAGUGCAAGGAGAGGCGAUUGGGACCCAGCGAAUCGCCGGUUGCCGUCAUGAUGCUGUGGCCUAACAACAACUCGGGGCAGUAUUACAGAUUUUAUUUGCGCGAGAAAAUUCCCGACGAGCCAUGGAUGGAAAACUUCUCCGUAGAUCCGCAAUUGAUAAAGGAUUACUUCCAACGAUUCCUCUAUCAGCCCAAAGAUCGGGAGUAUCCUGACCUGUGCCAGUUGCCCGAGCUGAACGAACAGACAUUGCUAGACAACCUGAGAGCCCGAUUUGCCGCUGGAUACAUUUAUACGUACGUGGGGUCUAUACUAAUAGCCCUCAACCCUUUCAAGUUUUAUCCGAUUUACAAUCCGAAGUAUGUGAAAUUGUAUCAAAACAAGAGGAUAGGCUCGAGUCUUCCUCCGCACAUCUUCGCAGUCGCCGACGCCGCUUACCACUGCAUGCUUCGGGAGCGGACGAACCAAUGCAUCGUAAUAAGUGGCGAAAGUGGCUCAGGGAAAACAGAGAGUACAAAUUUUCUCCUUCACCAUCUCACUGCACUCAGUCAGAAAGGAUCUCAUGGAAGUGGUGUCGAACAGACUAUAUUAAGCGCCGGACCAGUGCUAGAAGCGUUUGGUAACGCUAAAACUGCGCAUAACAACAAUUCAAGUAGAUUCGGCAAAUUCAUACAAGUGAAUUACAAGGAAAAUGGCAUGGUUCACGGUGCUGUAGUUCAAAAAUAUCUUUUGGAGAAAUCCAGGAUAUGUAGCCAAGGUCGCAAUGAGAGGAACUAUCAUGUGUUCUAUUAUCUACUUGCUGGUGCUUCGGAGCAGGAGAAGGAGCAAUUGCAUUUGCUCAGUGUGGACAAAUACAAUUACCUCUCAAAGACAGGUUGUAGUGUAGUGCCGGGUGUUGACGAACAAUAUGAGUUUUCGCGGUUAAAACAGUCGAUGGACAUGGUUGGUUUCACCUUGGACAAGCAACGGCGGCUGUUUGCUGUCCUCUCUGCGGUUCUCCUUCUUGGUAAUGUGGAGUUCCAACCGCAGCGCAAGUCCUACCACCACGAUGAGGCAGUGGGAGUGCGCAAUCCGGAAGUUGUGUCCUUAAUAUCAUCCCUUUUGCGAGUAAAGCAAGAAACGUUACUUGCAGCCCUCACGUCCAAGAGGGCCAGGGCUUCUGGCGAGACACUCGUUAUUAACUAUAGAUUGCCAGAAGCGAUCGCAACCCGAGACGCGAUGGCAAAGUGCCUAUACGGAGCUCUGUUCGACUGGAUUGUGAUGCAGGUUAACCACGCGCUGCUCUCAAAAAAGGACACACUACGGGAACAUCAGGGGCAUAGUAUAGGCGUCCUCGAUAUAUUCGGCUUUGAGGACUUUGGUCCGAGCAACAGUUUCGAGCAGCUCUGCAUCAAUUACGCGAACGAGCAUCUACAGUACUACUUCAACCAACACGUGUUUAAGUACGAGCAAGAGGAAUAUAGGAGAGAAGGCAUACGGUGGACGGAUAUAGGCUUCUCGGACAAUACGGGCUGCCUGCAGCUCAUUGAGGGCAAACCAGGGGGACUGUUGUGUUUGUUGGACGAUCAGUGCAAUUUUCCAUGGGCAACGAAUGAAACCCUCUUACAGAAGUUUAAUUCCGUCCACGAAGACAAUCCUUUUUAUGAAAAGCCUCAAAGACGAGAGCCUGCAUUUGUCGUGAGACAUUAUGCCGGCAGAGUCAAGUAUCAGGUCACAGCGAUGCGAGAAAAGAAUCUAGACUUAAUGCGGCAGGACAUAGUGAGUGUAUUGAAGAACUCAUCUCUGGCCUUCGUGAGGGAACUGGUUGGCGUGGACCCGGUCGCUGUGUUCAGAUGGGCUAUUGUACGGGCUUUCUUUAGAGGGUACUUCGCAUUUCAAGAAGCCGGUAGACGACACCGAGUAAACAGAGUAGAUGGCGCGUCAAGAGUACAAAGAGUGUCGAUACAUGCGCCAAAUGACAGUAUUAUCAGCCAACUGGCGACUGUGUCGUCAAUCAAUCUCGCAAUCAACCGCAUUGCAACGCCUCGCGCGGCGAGCAAGGCUCGGGUCGGCGAUAGUAAGCAGCGGGGCGAGGCGGCGGCGCGCGGGCGCGGGGGAGGGAAAAAUUACAGGAUCGCAGAGACGCGCACGCGCCGCCUCGACCGCGAGCGAGACGAGCGCUUCGAUGACGCCGACGUACUACAGCGCGCCAGCCUCAUUGUCAUGAAAAACAAGUCGUUCAGGCCCAGAGAGCGGGCAAAGAAAGGUUUGAAAAACUUGCAAAGUGUGAAGACGCUAGCGGGACGCACGGCCGCGCCUGCGGGAAAAAGAAAACAGCCGUUGACUGUGGCUGCACAGUUUCAACACUCGCUUGCAGCUCUUAUGGAAACUUUAAAUCAAGCUAACCCAUUUUUUAUUAGGUGUAUAAAAUCAAACAGUGAUAAAGUGCCAAAUGUUUUCGACGAAGAAACUGUUCAAAGACAACUGAGGUACACAGGAAUGUUGGAAACGGUGCGGAUCAGACAAGCGGGUUACAACGUGCGCCUCACGUAUGAAGAGUUCAUACAGCUGUACCGUAUUCUGCUACCUAAAGGGCUAUUGAGUUCACAGGCUGAUGUUAGGCAUUUCCUCGCCACUUUGAACUUAGACAGAGAUAAUUAUCAGCUGGGUGCAACAAAGAUCUUCAUGCGUGAAAGCGAACAAACAAAACUGGAGUACCGCCUACACCAACAGAUAAUGGCCUCAAUUAUCACGAUACAACGAUGGUUCCGGGCAGUGCUUGAACGCCGGCGGUUUCUGGCGUUACGCAGAGCUUCACUGGUCAUACAGGGUUAUUGCAGGCAAUGGUUAGUAUCGCGGUACGAGGCAGCGUUGCGAGUGCAGGCAUGGUUUCGCGGCAGUCGGGUGCGGCGGUGGUACUUAAGACUACGGGACGCCGUACUGCUCUUCCAAGCCGCAGCCCGCGGUUUCAUACUGAGAAAGACUCUACCGGACCUCAGGAGGAGAAUUACACCAGUUAAAACCAAGCAUGAGAGUAAACCGACACUCGCGUCCGAAACUGACGGCUUCAAGACCAGGCCGCCAAGUAUUGAACAACUGAAGCAUAUUAUUGAUAAGCAACUAAAUAUGCUCAUACAAGAAGAGGCGGAGAAAACGAGACAACUUCGUGCUACUCAAUCGCUGCCAAUAGCCAGUUUAGAGAAAAAACACGAUAACUUGAUAGAAAGUUCGACGGCGCAAACGUACAACAAAAGAAGAGUCUCCAAAUCUCAGAAUAUUACGGAGUUGCCAUUGAAACAAUCUAAUCCAAGUUUAAUUCACCAAGAAGCAAACGAAUCGUCGCCAGAUGAGAGUUGGAAUGUCAACACAAACAAAUACCCGCAGGGAAUAGUAGCGUGGCCUAACAAGAUUACGGCGGAAGAUCUGGCCAAUGAGCUUCUAUGGCUUAGAAUCGACCAGAACUAUCUAAUGGCAGAAAAGAACAAGAUACGGGAGCGAGAAUUAGCAGAAUCAAUAGCGAGCAGUAGUGAAGAAUACCUUCGGCAAGUUGGCGACUGGAGUCCGGCGGAGAGUUCUGACACAACUAAAAAUAGUUCAAGACGAACGUCCCCCCAAGUAUAUCAGCGCAGUUUGUCCAGUACGACUCUUGAGCCGCCCGCCCGUGCGCUGCAAAGUUUGCCUCCAGUCAGAAGGUACCCGAGAGACCAGCGGGACUCCCGGGAUCAGCGGGACCAUCGGGACUCCCAUAGAACCGACACCAGUUCUGAAUCAGUAUGCGUACCCCUUGGACGGACGGAGGGCCCGCCCGCGCCGCCGGUGCGAGCCGCACGCCGCUCGCCCCGACGCCUUCCCGACCGCGUCGAGAACGAGCCACCGCCACUUGCUAUCACACGACAACCCGACCAUCUCGACAUUAAACGCGCGGCGUCCGAAGUGUCAGUGAUGGGGAAUGAAACGUUGCGGAGACGCAAUUCAGACCCUGCACCUGAUCCUCGCGCCCCGGUCCGUUCAAUGCCUGAUUACAUCGGACACACGGGCAAUGGACUCUUUGGCAUCGCUGGGCACAGGUUUCGUAAAGGCACAAGAUUUGCUAAAGGGGACAAAUGUGUAUAUUGCCAUCAAGCGAUCGACGCGUUUAUCACUCAGGGUCAAAGAUGUAUCGAUUGCAAACAACUAUACCACACCAAAUGCAUACAAAACAAAGGUGUCAUUACAAUGCCCUGUCCGAGCCCCGUAACCGUUGCAUCCAGGGGCCGUCACAAAAACAGAAAACGUAUUAUGUUAAACAAAGAGUCGGCAUUUAAUUUAACAACAGACCAGUCUAAAGGUUCCGUUAGUUCUAAUUUCAAUUUGACCGGUACAUCCGAGUUCAUGGACAGAACGGACAAAAUAAUAUCGGAUGCUACGGAAUUGCAGGCAAUGCAACACUUCAUCACAAAGAAAAUUUAUCUUAUGGAGUCGUCGGAAAACGAAAAACAGUCUGAGGUGGACAGGGUAUUCAAACACGCUCUUAGAGAGUUUAAAGACAAUCUAGUAGCGACCUACAGCGUGGUAGAGACUCGUGGGUCAGCACUUAAGUACAAAGAUUUGAUCGGUAACUUCCUACACGUGAUGGAGACUGUUUGCGAGAGGGAAUGCUCGACUUUAUCUAUCACUAUGGGAGUGAACGCCUUUAGAGGGUUCAUGGAUGAAUUCAUGAGCCAGCAUGAAACUGAUAAAGCCAGGACAAAGAGGAAAAAGGAUAAGAAGAGAAAAGUGGACGAUCCGAUCCAGUACAAAGGGCACACGUUCAUCCUGUCUAUGAUCAACAUCCCCACUGAGUGCGAGAUCUGCAAGACCUUCUUCAUGUGGCCUAUCGAACGCUCGCUUAUUUGCCAGACUUGCAGGCUGGCGUCGCAUAAGAAGUGUUACAUGAAGGUUAACACAAUGUGUCGGUCGGACUCGAGGACGCCAUCGGCCUCCAUAGUGGGUGCGGUUGACGCCGGCGGUCGCGAACAGUUUGGUGUCCUUAAACGUGGAAAGGUGUUUGGCAUACCAUUAGGUGAGCUUCCGACCGGCGAAGGCAAUAUACCGCUCGUGGUGGACAGACUCUUCACAACCAUUGAGAUGACUGGACUCUACAUUGAAGGUCUUUACAGGAAAAGUGGACUUAGUUCGAAGGUUCGAGAGCUACGUCGACUGCUGGAUGAACGGCCCGACGAGGGUGUCGACCGACUGGACUCGUAUGCAGUGCACGUCCGCGCCUCAGUUCUAAAGUCCUUCUUCCGCGAACUGCCUGAACCGUUGCUCACCUUCGACCUCUAUGACGACUUCAUACUUGCCGCUGAAAUUACAGACCCGCAGGAACGAGUGUCCAGUAUCUUUACAAUAUUGAAAAAGUUACCAAAACCAAAUUACGACCUCGUUGAAAGACUGAUAUUCCACCUGGCGAGGGUAGCGCUACAUGAAGAUCGCAACAGGAUGGGACCAAACGCGUUAGCCAUAGUGUUCGCGCCGUGUAUCCUGCGCACGCACAAGAUUCAGCCCGCACAAGACUCGCUGCACGACAUCGCGCGGCAGACCUCCUGCCUCGAGGCUAUACUCAUCGACAAGCUGAGCAAUACGCGCGGCGCGUUGGCGGAGAUCGCGACGUUGGACGAGGCGUGCGCCACUGCAUCUGACCGCCUGGACAUCAUCCGUGCCCACAGCCUACGCCCACGCCCGGAGGAGCAGAUCCUCGAAGGACACAUCCACGAGAUCGAGAAGGAGAAGGCUAUCAUCACAUCCAACUUGCCUACGCUCGUCAGGGCGACAUCAGACGACGAUUUACUAUCAACCACAGACCACGACGGCGAGUUCGGCAGCACCGAUGACCUCAGCACCGGCGCCUCUUCGCUGCGAUCCCAACGCCUUCUGCACCGCCAGCUGUCCUCUGACGACCCCAUCAUGGUGUAGACUCCAACGAGUAGCCCGAGCCACCUGCUUCAAGUGAUAAAUUACAACUAGAAACUACUCCUGUGAACAUUUAUGAGGUAAAUACUAUUGGGCCUAGCAUCGACUGACAAGUACCGCCAGCUGUCCUCCGACAACCCCAUCAUGGUGUAGGCUCCAACCAGUAGCCCGAGCCACAUGCUUCAAGUAGUAGAAUGCAACUAGAAACUAUUCCGGUCAACACCUUUAUGACGUCAAUUAAACUGGGCCUAACAUGUACCGGCAAGAAAUGUUCAUCUAAACAAUCAAGAGGUGCUGAAUUACAAUUUACAAGUCAUAAUUAAGAAAGCAUAGAUGUUUCUUUCAUCUCUAAAAAUCAAAAAUCAUUAUAUCUCUGAUUCACAUACACUCAAGAAGUGAGCGUAAAUCGAAGAACUGAGUUUUACAAUAAUUAUUUACUGUUAAUGAGUAAAUUUAAAAUAGUUUUGUAGAUACAAAUAUGUGGGAAACUGGUCACUCCUUACAUCUCAUCUGUCAUAGGGUUUGAAAUUAAACAACAAUAUCAACUACGUACAUACGUAAAAAGUCUGAUUUUACUAAUGACACUACAUUUUUUGGUUUCACUAAAUAGCUAAUACAGGACUAUGAGUGUAU